AAGACUGGAAAUUAACAGGGGAGGGGCAUGUAUCAUGGGGACUUAAGGCCUAAUGACUAAAAAAAAAGAUAAUUAAAACAUAAGGGAUUUUCAUUUGUAUUGCAUUUCAUUUGUAUAUUUAACAUAUUUCCACUUUACCCUGUGCCUGGUUAUAGCUGACUGUUUCCAUCGUCUAUCAUUAUUACUUAUGCUUAAGGUAGCACACCGGUGGUUAUCCAAUCAAAAUGAACUUAGUCAAUUGCAGUUCCAUAUAUCUAAAGAAAUAUUUUUUUCCUUGCGCGAUUUUUCUCAUUUCCCCUUCUUCUUUUCUCUCAAUUUCUGUACCCGAUUAGCAAAUUUUGUGUAAUUUGUAGAAAUAACCAAGUGUAUACAAAGGAACUAUUUGCUGUUGGUAGCUGAGGCUACUUCCUGAGGUGCACUCCGGCUGCAUUAAUUUUUUUUUAAUUUGGUGUUUUCAGAUGUGAGGUGGGGGUGGUAGUAAGUGAUGUACGAUACCAUAACUAUAUAUUGAACGGAGAGACUAAGUGCGUGUUAAUUUCCUUCCUCGUAUCGAGUCAGUACACAAUCAGCGGAGGAAAAAGGGUGAUUUUCUGCCAUUUGUUUGUAAAACCAGCGUUUUUUAAUAACAGAUUUUGCGGAUUCCUUACUUAGAGGUGGAUCUAGGAAGUCUUAAGGAGCGUUACGUAGAGAUGACCUCCAAUGAAACUGCGAUUGAAAUGGAUCGGCUCAAGAACGAGCAGGGAACCAUUUUAGAUCACAGCGCACCAGGGUCUUCUGAUGAGAGCGACAACGAUACGGCUGAGAAAACUGCCGGGGACGUCCAGGAUCACUUCGCCGUACGUGAUGUGGUGCCACAAUGUCGUACCUUCGCUGGGAUGAAAAUCGUUGAUUUCUUUGACAGAGAUAAAAUUAAAGUAGGACAGCGGGUUGUCCGUGGAGUUGAUUGGGACAGAGAAGACGAGGAUGGAGGAGAAGGAAACGUGGGGACUGUGGUGGAAAUCUUCAACAACUCUCAACAGGUGCGCGUCCAGUGGGAUUCCCAGGACACUCUGAACGCUCAGGAAAACCAGGACAUAUGUGUUUAUAGAACAGGGAUGGACAGGAAAUAUGACCUGCGACUAUUUGACAACGCUCAGACAGGGGUGUACCACAAGUUCUGCGACUGUGACAGUUGUGGUGAGGUCCCAAUCCGAGGAAUGAGGUGGCGGUGUUUGUACUGCGAGGAUUACAAUCUAUGUACGGAAUGUUACAUGUGUGACACUCAUGAAAAAGGUCACGUGUUUGAACGACACCAAGGAAUGAAAACGAUCAGUGUUAAUGUGGGGAUGAGGGCACAUUUACAGUACGUGGAAGCUAAGGGAAUAUUUCCUUCAUCGGAUGUAAAAUCCAGGAAAGACACACACCUGACAGGUACCGUUGAGACUGUUGAUGACAAUAUCGCCAUUACAUAUAACUGUGACGCAAAGGUCACGUGGGAAGAGGAAGGAUUCACCAAAAGAUACCGGGUUGGAAGAGAAGGGAAAGUGGACAUCAUGUUUACAGAGCCUGCGAGAGUGAAGUAUUUCCAGGACCAUCUGCAGAGGAUCACUAAAGGCAAUGUAGCUGAAGGAAUACGAGUCGUGAAAAAAUCCGACAAUGACGACGUGACCGUUGGAACAAUCACCCAUGCACCGGAAAUUGAUAUAAUGAAAAGAGACUCGAAACGAGGACAAAGACGCACAAUCUCCAAAGACCGAGGAUAUCUCAACCCGCACCAAAGAAAGAAAGUCCGAGCUAAAGAAAAGGCGGUUGAGAAUCAGCAUUGUUUAGUCACCGUGCAGUUGGAUAAUGGGCAAAUUGUUGAAAUAGAUACGAAAGAAAUAUUAUUGUUUGACAACAGUCAGAUAGGGAUGUAUCAUGAUGUUUUGUGCGCUGGAUGUGGAAGCGGCCACAGGAUCAAAGGAAUGAGGUGGAGGUGUACCGAAUGUUCUAACUAUGACCUCUGUACAUCAUGCUACAUGUCUGCGAAAGAUGAACAUCUCGACCAUAAAUUCCAGCGAAUCACUGAGCCUGCAGAAAGGGAACAGCUAAAGACCACUCGCACAACCCCAGGAGUACAAGUGAGAACGGCUCUAGGAAUGUUCACAGGCGCCAAGGUCCAGGAACUGGAAGGCAAUACAGAUAAAGCACACGGAAAGAAGGGCACCAUAACAGAAAUAUGCCAUUACAGAAAAAACGAGGCAAGGUGUAUCGUCGUUGUUAACAGAGAUGGUGACGUGGAUGAACAAGUCAUGGGAAAAUUUACCGAUUUUCAAAAUGACCAAAACAAUGAGCGCUUCUUUUAUUAUCCAUCUCAUCUGCCCGACUUGGGAAAAGAUAUCCAGGGAUAUGUCGAAGUGAAAGACAAGACCAGUCAUGCAAAAAUUGAUGUUGAACUGUGGUAUGAAAGAGAUGUCCCCAAGUGCUCGCCAGAAGUUCAGCACAGUCUUUAUCUGAUUGUUGCACACAAACCAGAAGAAGUUACCACGGCAUCAUUCAAGAAUACUGUGAACAGGUUUCACCCUUUAGCGGACGUGAGGAAAUUCGCACGUAAAUCUCGUUUGCCGUGUCAGCUUGCAGUUGAGAAGGUACUUUUUGUUGACGAAGCGGUCGUCAUCCACAAAGACACCACUACUUGCACAAUACAGAAUUUGAUAGAUAUGGGCGUCAGGAAAUUGGUCCGCGGGGAUACGCGGGAGGACGAAGAUGAACAGCUAUAUUUUCUACGAAUGUCAGUGUAUUUAAGUGGAAAAAUUCCCUUGCCCGCCUUUGUAUCACUACGUAACGGAGUAACUCACACCGACGCCCUUUUCAGAGCCUCGGGGAACAAAAUUCCAGUUAUCUGCUUUAAGAAAGAAUCCAAGAAAGUGUAUGUAUUGACAAUGGAAGACGAUGUGUAUUGUGUGAAAACGAUGGAACAUAAAAUUGAUUUGAAAACUCCAUGGAAGGUGACCAAUGUGAUCAUGAAGGAUUAUGACGUAGGGAGAGACCGCGAAGAGGAAGACGAUGCUGAAAUCACUCAACUAGAGGAUAUACCUGCCGAUUUAGAAAACGUGGCUGCGUUGAUUUCCUCUUUGUUGAUUGGAGUAUACAUGUAUGCGUGUUCCUUCGACACAAGCCAUGAUAUUUUCGGGGACAACAGUCAUAUUUACCCAAACGCAUUGUCGAUGUAUUUAAUGAAAACUGGGCAAUGGAAAAUACCAAAAAAUUUCAUCAAAGGCUCUUUUAACCAUCGAUCGAUUGAAUUUAUCUGUGAACAAAAAAUGACUGAAGAGUUCCAGAAUGGUCUUUGGAGAGAUUUGGCAUCAAAGACUAAAUCGGCUUAUGUCGUACCAAAAUGGAAGAAGAAAGGAAUAGAUUAUGAUGAGGGGGAUGUCACGGAGUGGGAUUUGAAUUCAGAGGGAAGAUUAGAUGUGAAAGUUUCAGGCCUUUACGGUUUAAUUUUCUUCGCACUUCUGAGAAAGGGAUAUUAUGAUGGCGCUAAACAGCUGAUAGAAACUGGCUGCGUUAGAAUUCCCCACCUGUUGAUUGGCUGUGUCAUUCUACAAGAGGCGGCCGAUGACUGGAAUACGAGUCAACUGCAAAAGGAAAAGGUCUUGCAGAUGAAAGCAUUGUGCACUCAACAGGCCUUACGAAUAACGAGUUGUCUUCACGAGGCUGACGCAGACGACAGGAGAAAAACUAGAGAGGGGAAGAUAUCAGGACGACGGAUUGAUCACGCGGGAACACUUCUGUUGAAUCAUGGGUACCUUUCAAGCGCAAUAAAGACAGAAAACAGCACUUAUCUAAACGACGAAAUCGUCAAAAAAGUCAUCAGUCAGAUGUGGUACAAGCAUGAUAGUCUCUCUUUUAAAAAGGGCAUGAUGUUCGUCAUCUUGGCAUUGUUCCACUUCUUCUUGUUGCCUCCAUUGAUGUUCACCAUGGAGAAUAGACCAUUUAAGUGGUUCUACAAGCAGUAUCAGAUUCCUGCCAUGAAAGUUCUUCUAAAUGGGUUUGGUUGGUUGGUGAUCUUGAAUGCACUAGCCUACAUGUUGCUCUUUGAUUUUACCGACGAAAUAAGUCGAACGGAUUGUUUUAUAAUUGCCUGGAUGGCAAGUUUGUUCCUCGACGAAACAAAGCAGGUUAUCAUUUCAAUAAGGAGAGGAAAGAUCGGAUCUUACCUCAGGGACUGGUGGAAUCGAUUAGACUGGCUGACACUGAUCGUGUACUGUUGCGGGAUGCUGACUAAAUUAGGUGGUACUAACCACAACGCGUGCAAGACUCUCCUUGUUUUGACGUUUAUCCUGAUGAGUGCGAGGUUCCUCAAUUUACUGAUGAUAUCAGAGAUUAUCGGGGCGAAACUUGUGAUGAUCAAACGAAUGUUUGUGGAUACUUUUGCAUUCCUUGCGAUAACAACAGUGAUUACGGUGUGCUACAGUGUGUCAUAUUACGCCAUUCUCUACUCCGAGGACUCGGAACUUAGUUUCGCUGAGAUGGAGAGAGUGUUUGGCAAUGGAUUUUGGAUCUUAUUUGGGGAGUUAGCACUGGAGCAAGGCCUAUUGAAGGAACCAGAGUGUACGUUCAACAGAACACUGUACAGUAGUGGAAAGGUGGAACGCUGCCCGUCAGAAUUGGGACUGGCUCUGGGUCACUACCUAAAGGCUGUGUACGCUUUGUUCGCCAUCAUUCUCCUCUUAAAUCUUCUUAUCGCUAUGUACAGUCACACCUUUGAAGAAGUUCACGAGAAAAGUAAGUUCUACUGGGCGCUUCUUCAAACGGACUUCUUGGAAGAGUACAGCGUGAAGAGCAUCUUCCCAAUCCAUUUCCAGCUGUUAGUGUUGCCCGUGUGUCUGGUCCACUUUCUCCUCUGGAUCCCAGUUUGCUUCUUACGUUCUGGAUUUAAAGAAUGUGAUUGUAAAUCGAAAUAUGAACGAGAUGCCUACCGUGACUUAGAUUUCGAUGAAUACGAUAACGACGACGACGAUCAUCUCAACAAUUGUCCGAUGUUUGUCAGAGUCUUCCUGUACGACACAAACUAUGACUUGAAUUUGAAGGCAACACGAGAAGCAGAGGGACAGGCUGCCCUCAAGGCGUCGGGUGAUCUGGAAACAACAGACGAAGACAAACUAACGGUCAUCCAACGGAAGAUAAAGAACCAAAAGAGGAUCACGGUCAACAUUGACGGAAAAACCUCGAAGGUUCUUCAAGAGAUGAAACAGAUGAAACGCGACAUAAAGAAUUUGUAUAAAGCUGUAUCACCUGACACAGCGCCAGAGGACAAGAUUGAUACAGAUUAAAAGCAUCAUUUGAUCCAGAGCUUUUUCUUCUACACCUGCUACACAGAAAUGCGAAAUCCGAAUGCACCAAAUUCACAGGGAGAUUGCAAUACACACCGAGGCAGUGAUCUCCAUGCGGUACAAAAAUCUCCAACGUGUGACAAGUUUAUGCUUCUCUUUGUCAACAGUCAACACGAUAACAAUUUAAAAGAAAUAUUUAUAUUCCCAUUCAAGUUUCAAAAGGAAGUCGGUCAUUAUGACAAUGUGUUGUUUCUCCUUAAUAUAAGCCAUGUUCAAUAACAAUAACAAUUGUGUAUAUUUGUAGAUGAUGGUUUGCUAUGUUAAUUUACUUACUUUUCAGAUGAUUUUUUUGUGUUUUGAGAUGCUUUUAUUUUUCAUUUCAAUUUCUAUAAGAUCUGUUUAUUAUUUUGGUUCAUUUUUCAUGACACAUACCGAGUCACAAAUGAAUUAUGUGUGUGUUAAUUUGAAUAGUAACUGUGCAGUCGUUUAUGUUGUAUUCUUUACUAUCUUUUUGUUAUCAAUGUUAUUAUCAUCACGUUUAUCAGCUUACCUGAUCUGAAAGUCCAACUGAAUAUUCUAAUCACAUUUUGUCCGGCGUCUGUCCUAAUGUCCGUAAACUUUAAGCUUGAACUUUGAGUUCUUAUCCAAAACAACAGGGCUAAUUUCAACAAAACUUGCCACAAACCAUGUUUGGGUAAGGGUGAUUCAUGUUUGUUCAAUUGAAGUGCCAACCCCUUUUUUUAAAUAGAGAUAAUCAAGAACUAGUAUAAUGUGGUAUCUUUUGAAAAUAUUCUUAUCCAGAACUAAUCGACCAAUUUUAAUCAAAUUUGACAGAAACCAUUCUUAGGUCCGGGAAAUUUAAUUUUGUUGAAAUGAAAGGAUAUGGUCUCUCCAGGGGGAGAUAAUCAAGAAAUGGCGAACAUACAGGGGUCAUUCAAAAAUCUCCUUAAGAGUCAUUCAGCCAGAACAAGUUUGAAUUUAUAUGAAUUAUCUUGAAAUAGUGAGGAUUCAAGCUUCAAAUCAUACUUCAUGGGACAACAAGAGGGGAUCAAGAUUGCCCAGGGUGAAAAAUAAGAUGAGUUAUUGUAUUUUUCUCUCAAUAACAACCGAUGCUAUGGUUAGUCAUUUUGAUAUGCAAACAUUCCUAGGUAGUGCAUAUUCCAAAUUGUUGAAUUUGUGGUCCCUGGGAGUAGGGCGAGGUCAUAUUUUCCAAUAUAUAUAGGACAUGUCUUUAGAAAUCUUACAGCAGGACUAUGGAUACUCAUAUUGAUAAGGCAAUCGUCCUCAGGUAUUGCAAUCUGAAGUUUGUUCAAACCAUGAGCCCGGAGUGGAGUGGGACCACAAUAGGGGAUCAAUGUUUUAAAAGGGAUACAUAAGACAUUCUCCUCAAGAACAAGAGGGCGUCGACUACUUAUAUCAAUAUACAAACAUCCCAAGGUAGCGUAGAUUCUAAUAUGUUUGAAUUAUGGUCCCAGUGAGUAAGGUGAGGGAAUCUAAGGGGAUCAAGUUUUACAUCGCAAUCUAUUGGAACACCUCUAAAUAACAGCAGGGUCAUGAAUACUGAUAUUAAUAUGCAAGCAUCCCCAGGUAGUGCAUCGGGAGGUAAGGUGGGACCACGAUAUGGAAUCAAAGUUGUAUACAUAGGGAAACAUCUUCUAUAGCAUAAUUUCUUUCUUGAUACAUUGUAUAAUGGCUAGGUUGGGGCCACAAUCUGGAGUCCAAUUCCAUUGAUCAGAAAAUAUAUUGUAAAAAAUACAAUAGCUAAAGAACAACAAGCUGGAUGAUGAUAAAUUGGUGAGCGAUGUGGCUGUUAUUUUCAUAAAGGAAGCCCCGACAUGUCUUCAUGUGUAAGAAAUGUUCAUCUUUUCCCCGAUUCAUACAGACGUUUUACAUGAAGUCAAAUAAUAAAGAAAUAUUACACCGGUAUAGGAAUAUCUUAAUACAACUAACGGUUGUUUAGGUUGACCCAUAUCAAAUCUGUUCCAGGGUCAAAUAAACAGUUAUUAUCUUAGGACUUAGUAUACAAACGAUUUGUUGUUCAACUGACUUUUCUUCAUGCUGAAAUAUAUGUUUGAAAAAUAUAUGCUUAUAUCACUAUAUUACCCGUUCUACUUUUGAAUAAAACUAUGAAAUGUUA